UGCAACGGUGCUCGGCCGACAUGUUCUCGGUGUCGAGAAAAGCACAUCGAUUGUGUUUACCGGCAAACACUUGAGGCUAAUUUCAGAGAGAGGUUAAAAGCGCUUCAAGUGUCGCACCCGGCUGCCGUUAUCUAUCGCGCUAUACAGACUCGGCCAGAGGCCGAAGUCCACGAGAUUGUCCGUCGCAUUCGUGCCGGUGCCGAUGCUGAGAGUAUCGCGCGUCAACUCAGCACAGCUGAUCUCCUUCUUCAAGUUCAACUGGAACCCGAAUCAAGAUCAGUUUCUUUACCUCACCCCUGA